UAUCAGUUGGUGCGUUCACGUCUUCGCGACGCUCGUUUCGACUCUCUCUCUAUUUGUCUGUCGAAUAUAAGUGAUCGAUUUUUUUUGACUUUCUAUUUUUUUUUUUUUUUUUGUUUCAAGUGCACGAUUGUGAAGUGGUUGUUUUGUUUGGUUAGGAGAGAUUGGAGAAGCAUGGGGACUUGGAGCUAUUUAUUCAUUUUGGUGGUAUAUUCAAUAUCAUGUUCGAAAGUAACGAAUGGAUGGCAGACGUCGCCCAGCCAAUACCACAUACAAACAGACGAGGGUCCAGAACGGUAUUUUCGAUACCAAACCGAUAGCGGCCAAUACCGCAAAGAAAAACGACUCGAAGAUGGUACCGUCAUUGGUACCUACGCAUGGAUCGACGACAACGGCUUCCUGAGACAAAGGGACUAUAUUGCCGAUAAUGCGGGUUACAGGAUACUCAAAUCCAAAAAUGUUUUCGUUGGACGAGGAGUUCCUGUGGGAGAAGCCGUUAAAUCAGUCAAAAAGUACCCGGCGUCCGCCGGUACUUUGGUUCGCCAAGGAACACGACGUCCGGUUAUCACCGACAUACCUCAGAAACGACCAGUCAUCACCGACAUACCUUCAACUUAUGCACCUCCAACAGUACCCUCCUCCACUUACCUUCCAUCCGUCAUACCAUCCACCACAACCGAACAAUAUUUACCGCCAGUUAUAUCAACCACCACGGAAAGUCCCCUGGGUUAUAAACCUGCGGACACUCCAUUUGUCCAAACGUCCUAUUUACCAGCAGUUCAAAGCACCACAAUUUCCCCAAUACCCUCGCCUUACGACGUGGAGAUUUCCCCGAAUGCCGCUCCUUCCUCCACACCUCUUUACCCGAGCAGCACACCAGGCUAUGUAGAAAUAACCCAGAACGCCAUUGCUUCCACCACCGAAGGCGUCCCCACGGAAACACCCCAGUACAUCUCUCCCAUCGCCAACAACUCAGUAACCGAAACGUACUAUCCUUCAACCUUAAGCCCAGCCAGUGUGCAGUACAUCCCUCCCUCAGAUUCCCCAAUCUACAACAUCCAAAACCAAAACUCCAUCGAUUUCAACCCCUAUGUAAGCCACCAAGACAACUCGUACGUCUUCCAGAACGGGCCGACGUAUCCGAUUGCCAAGAACGGACACACGUACAACGGGCGCCUGGGCAACGGCUACGACCCGCAGUACCCCGAGUACGAUGGUGUCUCUGUCACGAACGACGGCUUCAGGUAUUACAUUCCCAGAGCGUACCACGAAGAACAGACUUCUGGUGACAGACGUGACGGCAGCUUCGGAUACAUCGACCCGUUCGGCAUCAGGAGGGUUAUUUAUUACAACACGGCUCCUGGCACGGGUUUCCAGCACAGGAAGAACAACAGAUACGUCGGCUUCGAUGCCACGCCAUACGAUCCGAGGCCAUACUAGAACGGGUGGUUUUUAGUCAAGUUUUUAGUCUUGCCAAUCCUCCAAAAACUAGAUAAGUGUACGAAAUUCAAUGCUUCGGUUUAGUUUUAUUUUGAUAAUGAGUUGUAGGAAGAAUAUGAGAGUGUUUAACUCGAUGUAAUUGCUGGAAUGCUUUAAAUUAUUUGUCAUUUCAUAUUUUCAUAAAGAUAACCAGUUGUACUGUUUCUUUUUUCGUUACACAUAUCAUUUUAACGUGUCCUGAACUAAACUAGAGCAUUGCGAAAUGGUUGUGUAUUUAACUAAAUUAAUUUAAGUAGUAAUGAAGCACUGCCAGAUUUAAGACACGAGACACUGUCGGUUUUUAAAUAAUAAGUGUGAAAAAUUGUGAUGUAACAUUAGAUUAAUUUAUUACUUACUGUAGUAUAAGUUUAUUAUUAAGAUUGUAAUAUAAUCUCGAUGGUGCCAUGGGUUCCAAUAAGGCUUGUGAAUCACAGUUUAUAAUUCAAAUGUUUCAAUUCGUUUGAAGUUUUAAACUCUAGUUCCAAUGCCUGAUAGUUUUUAAAUGUGUACAUCUAUUUAUAAUUAUAUUUUAGUGUAAUUAAUUUAUUGACCAAUGCAAAUAUAUUUUUAAAGUAUUCUUUAUAUUAUUGCACUAUACACUUAUAAGUCUUGCAGUCCUCUUGUAGCCAAUUUAUUAUUAAGAAACAAUAAACCUAUUGACUGAG